AUGGCGUCCCCGGGCGGCCCCCGCAGCCUCCUGGUCUGGCUCCUCCUCCUUCAGCGCUGGCUCAGGGAGGCCCCGGCGGGCAGGUCAGCGACUCCCUCGCCCACUUCACCCCUCUCGGGAGGUGGCCUCGAGGACCCCAUGGCGGACCAGCCAAGCCCUGGAGGGGGUCAGGGAGCCCCUGGGAGCCCCGGGUCCCCUGGGGCUCCGGGAGCCCCCAAGUUGGUGGAGUUUAGCCAAGUGUUCCUGAAAAUCGUGGGAGGAAAUCAGAGCGAAGAAGGGAAGUGGCCCUCGCAGGUGAGCUUGAGGGUCAGUGGCAGCGUGUGCGGAGGUUCCCUCAUCACAGCUCAGUGGGUGCUGACUGCAGCCCACUGUAUUUUAAGCUGUUACCGCUACAGUGUCAUGAUGGGAGAUCGGAGUGUCUAUGGUGAAAGCUCAGGGUUGGUGGUUCCGAUCAGCCGAGUCGUUGUUCACCCUCAGUUCUCAACACGUGGAACCGUUAAAUAUGACCUUGCUCUUCUCUGGCUCUUCUACCCUGUAAAUUUCACUGGGGUCAUCCAGCCUAUAUGCAUCCCUGAGAAGACUUUCCAGGUGGAAGCUGGGACCAGGUGCUGGGUGACUGGAUGGGGCAAGCAACAAGAAUUCGGUGGCCCAUUUGUCUCAGUCUUUCUCCGGGAGAUGGACCAAUGUAUCAUCUACUAUGAAGAAUGUAAUGGGAUGGUCCAGAAGGCUAUGCCAACAGAUAAGGAUGUAGUACUGGAAGGAAUGAUCUGUGGCUAUAAUAGUAUAGGAAAGGAUUCUUGUCAGGGCUCGAACCCAUGUCCCCUAUUCUGUCAAUAUAAUACCACAUGCGUCCAGAUAGGGAUUGUGAGCUGGGGUGUCAGCUGUGGUUGUAAAGUUUCACCUGGAGUUUAUACAGAUACUGCCUUCUACAGUAAGUGGCUAGUUGCAGUGGUGAACCAGAUUACUCUGUAUCCAGUGGUACUCCUCAUUCUACUGGUGUGUCUGGUGUUGCCUCUGGGCAUCCUGGCGACCCUGUGA